AACUAACAAUUUCAAAUAUAAAUGUCUGAUACAUUCACAUAUAAAUUUGAAAUCUAUCAUUUGAAUACGCGCAUUUAUGAAAGAGGUGGUUUAGUGUUCGAUGAGUCAGAGACUCGAGAACCGUUUGGACCGAUUCAGACCGAUUCGUGAAUUGUUUAGGGCUGUGUUUCGUGAGAUAAGUUGAUCGCAGAGGCCACUGGUGGCGAUGGAUCUACGAUCUACGUAGGCGAUGCUACGGUGCUUUUGGGAGUCGCAGCCCAGAGCGGUUUUUGUACUAGUUCAUAAUGUUCAUCAAAAAGAUCCGACUCAGAUGAACGAUCAAGUGAAUCGGACAUCGCUAUUCAAUAUGGCUGCGCCCAUACCCGGCAGCACACAUGAAUGUGAAGGCAGUAUGGCAUCAGUGAAGGCUGUAUCCUCUGCUGCUCCUCUCGCUCUUCGUAUCGUGGCGGAGUGUCCCGUGAGUAAGGCGAGAGCCUGCACUCUUACUCUCCCCCACUGCGCUGUCAGCACCCCGGUGUUCAUGCCCGUGGGCACUCAGGGUACCCUGAAAGGCAUCACUGUAGACCAGCUGGAAGAUCUGGACUGUCAGAUAUGUUUGGGAAACACGUAUCAUCUGGGCAUGAGGCCGGGUCCCGAGUUAAUAGAGAAAGCCGAUGGAUUACAUGGAUUUAUGAAGUGGAACAGAAAUCUCUUAACGGACAGUGGCGGGUUUCAGAUGGUGUCUCUAGUGGAGCUGUCGGAGGUGACGGAGGAGGGUGUCACGUUCCAUUCCCCUUAUGAUGGAAAGGAAAUCCUGCUCACUCCUGAGCAAUCCAUUGCCAUACAGAACAGCCUGGGUUCAGACAUCAUGAUGCAGCUGGAUGACGUGGUCAGCAGUACGGUGAAAGGGCCGCGGGUGGAGGAGGCCAUGCACCGCUCUGUGCGCUGGCUGGACCGCUGCAUCGCAGCAAAUAAGAAUCCAGACCGACAGAACCUGUUCGCCAUUAUUCAAGGGGGGCUUGAUGCCAAACUGCGCAAGGCCUGUUUAGAUGAAAUGACAAAGCGUGAUGUGCCGGGCUUCGCUAUUGGAGGCUUGAGUGGGGGAGAGGAAAAGGACGAUUUCUGGAAGAUGGUGACUCUGAGCACCGAACACCUCCCCAGAGAGAAGCCCCGCUACCUCAUGGGAGUCGGCUACGCACUAGACCUGGUGGUCUGCGUUGCCUUGGGCUGUGAUAUGUUUGAUUGUGUUUUCCCAACUCGAACAGCAAGAUUUGGCUCGGCUUUAGUUCCCUGGGGAUCUCUUCAGCUCAAACAGAAGCAGUAUGCUAAAGACUUUCAGCCGAUUGAUCCUGACUGCCAGUGUCCCACCUGCAGGAGACACAGUCGGGCUUACCUUCACGCACUGUUCAAGAGCGACACCGCAGCCAUGCAUCACAUCACUAUCCAUAACAUCUCUUACCAGCUCACCCUCAUGCAGUCAGUGCGUCAGAGCAUCAUAGAGCAGAGGUUUCCUGAGUUUGUGAAAGCGUUCAUGAAGAGGAUGUUCCCGUCCGGGAAGUACCCCAGCUGGGCUGUAGAGGCACUGCAAUCAGUGAACAUCUGUGUCUGCUGAGCAUCCUACAUGAGGAAGAUGAUGAGGACUGCAUUUUAAGAGAAGAAAAAGACUUGCUGUUUUUUAAUGGAUUUAUUUUUUGGUGUUUCAGUUUUAGAUACUGACAUUUUUAACAUGUUAUAUGUGAAACAUCCCCAUUUUGUAAAUAAAAAAUGUAUUUUCA